GCCAUUUUCCUGCCUCAGCCUCCCGAGUAGCUGGGACUGCAGGCGCCCACCACCAGCCCGGCUAAUUUUUUGUAUUUUUAGUAGAGACGGGUUUCCCCAUAUUAGCCAGACUGGUCUCGAACUCUUGACCUCGUGAUCAGCCCGCCUCGGCCUCCCAAAGUGGUGGGAUUACAGGCCUGAGCCACCACGCCCGGCCCCAGGGGACAUUCUAGAGGGGACUUCGCCCCCCAAGCCGCACUUCUCCAUUUCCCUGCGGUCGUCGCUAACCGAAGGCGCCAUCCGGUGACGACUGGAUGUGCGCGGCGGUGGUGAGGGGCCUCGAGAACCACCAGGUCCACCGCUGCCUCGGCCCGGGCGGAAUCUGGGAAGGUCUCUGACAACCAUUCUUCCUAAGAUUUUCCCAAUUGUGCCUGGGUGGGCGGGCCCCGCAUCCUAAUGAGCGCUGGGCAUGUGAAGUGUGAACCACCCGGGCCUAACUAGCCCCUGAAGGCCUGACGAAACCGCCAGGCCCACCAGGGGGCAGCAGAGAUCCGACGGCCGCGGACCGAGAGAAGCCGGAGGGAAGUAGGAGGCAAAGGGCGCGCAGAGAAGCGGCAGGGCGAGCGGCUCAGAACGUAAACGCCAGCACCGCGCCUCCAGGUUGCUUUACGGCUGCCGCAGAAGGCUUUGCGGCUCUUUUCCCUUCCGACUUGAUUUACGGUUCCUUCUCUGGUCUGUUUUUUUUUCCCCUCCGGCGCUGGGCGUGGGUUCGGACCUUCUUCCCAGAGACGCUCGCACACUCUUCCCAUUCUCCUCUGCGCGGCCUCCAUCUAAGCUCUCUUCCCCUUGUCCAUAGCCUAGAUCGAGCUCCCUGUGUGCACCGCGCGCUGCCCGAGGCGCGUAAGUGGGGGAGGAGAGCGGCUGCCCCCGGCGUGCUUCUAGCCGUGGGUGUGGAGCGUGGGAAGGCUCAGCUUCCGGGUCGAGAACCUGGGGCUGCGGUGGACCUGAUCCUGAGGUCUCACUCAGCGUCCUGAGGUCUCACUCAGCGUAGAGAUGCUGAGUCCAGAGGCCUGUUGUAGUUCACCAGUGCAGUGAGGGUCUCAGUAUCGGGGCUUCCCGAGAGGUGGGUAGGAAGGCGGGGUACAGGAAACUUGGCACCAACGCGCCGGGACCCCACCGCGUCGCGGACAGCCAGGUGUCCAUGGUGGCGCUUCCUUGGAGAUGCUGCCUGUAGACAGGCGUGGGGAAUCUGAAGUUUGUGUUAAUAGCUAAACGAAGUUGAGUUGCAGGGAGCGGGGGACGCUGGGAAGAAAUGAUUGAUUUAAAAGGAAUUUGACGCCGGGCACGGUGGCGGCAUGCCCCCAUGUUCCCGGGAGGUCAAGCCUACAGUGAGCCGAGAUCGCACCCGUACCACGACACUGCGUCCCAGGCGACAGAGCGAGACCCUGUCACGGGGGAAAAAAAUAAAAAUAAAAAUUUGACGCUCAGUUUAGAGGUCAACCAGAAUCAAGAUGUCUGGGACUGAGGAAGCAAUUCUUGGAGGACGUGACAGCCAUCCUGCUGCUGGCGGCGGCUCGGUGUUAUGCUUUGGACAGUGCCAGUACACAGCAGAAGAGUACCAGGCCAUCCAGAAGGCCCUGAGGCAGAGGCUGGGCCCAGAAUACAUAAGUAGCCGCAUGGCUGGAGGAGGCCAGAAGGUGUGCUACAUUGAGGGUCAUCGGGUAAUUAAUCUGGCCAAUGAGAUGUUUGGUUACAAUGGCUGGGCACACUCCAUCACGCAGCAGAAUGUGGAUUUUGUUGACCUCAACAAUGGCAAGUUCUACGUGGGAGUCUGUGCAUUUGUGAGGGUCCAGCUGAAGGACGGUUCAUAUCAUGAAGAUGUUGGUUAUGGUGUCAGUGAGGGCCUCAAGUCUAAGGCUUUGUCUCUGGAGAAGGCGAGGAAGGAGGCGGUGACCGACGGGCUGAAGCGAGCCCUCAGGAGUUUUGGGAACGCACUUGGAAACUGUAUUCUGGACAAAGACUACCUGAGGUCACUAAAUAAGCUUCCACGCCAGUUGCCUCUUGAAGUGGAUUUAACUAAAGCGAAGAGACAAGAUUUUGAACCGUCUGUGGAAGAGGCAAGAUAUAACAGCUGCCGACCGAACAUGGCCCUGGGACACCCACAACGACAGGAGGUGACCUCCCCUUCCAGACCAAGCCAUGUUGUGAUACAGGCGGACAAGGACUGCAGCUCCCGAAGCCUCCCCUCAUCCGCCGUGGAGAGCGAGGCCACGUACCAGCGGAAGCUCCGGCAGAAGCAGCUGCAGCAGCAGUUCCGGGAGCGGAUGGAGAAGCAGCACGUUCACGUGUCCGCGCCGUCAGCUGAGAAGACAGCGCCUCCAGCCCCUCCUCUGACGCAUAGCACACCUGUAACUGUCUCAGAACCACUCCCGGAGAAAGACUUCCUUGCAGGAAUGACUCAAGAACUAAUCAAGACUCUUGAAGACAACUCUGAAAAGUGGGCUGUGACUCCAGAUGCAGGGGAUGGUGUGGUCAAGCCCUCGUCUAGAGCAGACCCAGCCCAGACCUCUGACACGCUAGCCUCGAACAACCAGAUGGUGACCCAGAACAGGACUCCACACAGCCUCUGCCACCAGAAACCACAAGCAAAAUCUGGAUCUUGGGACCUCCAAACUUAUAGCACUGACGAGCGCAUAACAGGAAACUGGGAAUCUCAUAGGAAGAGCCAGGACAUGAAGAAAAGGAAAUAUGAUCCAUCUUAACUGAGGCUGAGGCCACAUGAUAGGACUCUGUCACAAAGGGACUUUGGAAAACUACUUUUUGGUCAUGAAAUUGUUCAUCACUCCUGGAGAAUGAACUUCAUUGCAAUUUAUCUUGCUUCAUUCUGAACCUUAUCAAGAGGAUCUGACUGAGAGCCCACUGCAGUUAGAGCUGAGCACUUGUGAAAAGCUUGUCUGCCACUCUAGUAGGGAGAGGCUCUGGACAGAUGAAUACCUUUUCUUCGGCUUGUGAGGCUUCCCACUAUUUAUUACUAAAGUAUUAUGUUAAUAAAGAUGGACAUUCUAGGAAUCACCAGUGGCUCUUUGCCCUCAAGCAAUAUAGGCCGGACUUGGUCCUAAGCACCUGCCUCAGCAAUUGCCUACAUUCAGUUGUUUUGCAUAACGUCUGCCUUCUUUCCUUUAGGGUCCAUGCCUUUAAUGCUGUCCACAUUAAGCACUGUGGAUCACGACAGGAAAAAGGUUGGAACAGUGCUUUUCACUACUUUGUAUCACUCCAGGCUACGAUCUUCACUUAAUAUAAAUAAACUCUAAUUUAUGGGUUUAUGACAUUACAAUCCUGCAUUCUUUCAAGACUUCAAGACUGACAUUUUUUCCUAAGGAAGGAAAUAAUCAAUCAUCUAAGACCACGAAAAAAGGCUGUUUUUUUUUUUUGAGACAGGGUCUUGCUGCGUUGCCUGGAUUGGAGUUCAGUGGUGCAAACACAGCUCAACCUCCUGGGCUCAAGUGAUCCUCCCAUCUGCCUUACAAAAUACAGGGAUUACUGACUGGUGUGAGCCACCGUGUCUGGCCAGAAAAGGCAUUUUUGAGAAAGCAAAUCAUAUACCUUAUAACAAAAUAGAAUAGAUAUUGCUUAUCCCCUUAGCAUCUGAAAUGCUUGAAACCAGAAUUGUUUUGCAUUUUUUGAAUAUUUGUAUACACAUAAUGAGACCUUGGGGAUGGGACCCAAAUCUGAACGUGGAAUUCACCUGUGUUUCAUAUAUAUACCUCAUACACAUAAUUUUGUGCAUGAAAAAAAGUUUUUGUAUAAGAUACACUGCAGCUGAAGGGGGCUGGGUCUUUUUUUCUCUUAGGGUCACUGAAUAAACUGUUGUAUGCCUGGU